GCACUCUGGAAAGUGUUUUGGCUGCCAUUUAGCAUUGCUGGCAUGACAUAUUUAAUUGAAUCAAUGAUUCAAAUUGCUCAGGGCGUUGUUCUUGGUCAUUUGCUUCAAUGGUUUCAAGAUCCAACCUCGGAUACUAAGCAGGUUUGUGAGUUGAUGCAUGGCUGUCUAUUCGCCAUGGGCUUGGCAAUAUGCGUGUUUGGCCAAGGUGUUUUGCAUCACGUUGAUUUUUUUUAUGCAAUGCGAACUGGUAUGCAAGUACGAGUUUCACUGAUUGCAGCAAUUUAUCGCAAAUGCCUUGCCCUAUCCAUCAGUAACACAUCGUCUACUGGACUGAUUAUCAACUUGGUAUCCAAUGAUGUGCAGCGAUUUGAAGAUGCAUCCGUAUUCGCUCACUUUGUAUGGGUUGGGCCCAUUCAAACAAUGGUUGUGUUUUAUGUCGUAUACCUUGAAAUUGGACUGGCUGCCAUUGCUGCCAUUGGUGCCUUACUGCUAAUGAUUCCAUUGCAAAGCCAGUUUGCACGACAGUUUGCAAAGUUGCGUCGUAUCACAGUUGAACUUCGUGAUGAACGUAUUAAAAAUAUUUCGGAUAUGCUGUCUGGUAUCAUGAUUGUCAAACUGUAUGCGUGGGAAACCCCUUUUGUUGCAAAAAUCAAUAGCAUUCGUGAUGCUGAGCUUAAGCAGAUCAGAAAGGCAUCUAUACUCAAGUCACUCAACGAAGGAAUCUUUUUUGUUUCAAUCACCAUAUUGGAACUGUUUGCCUUUAUAACAUUUUUCCUGAUCAAUGGUGUAUUUACAUCAUCGCGAGUUUUCACAGUGAUUACGUAUCUGCAGUCUGUACGACUGACCAUGACCAAUUUUUUCCCAAAAGCUAUUCAGUUUACAUCAGAAUCGCUCAUUUCACUCAAACGGAUUAAGGAUUUUCUAUCGCUUUCAGAGAUUAAUCAAGACAGUGACAGUACCGAGACUGAAGCGUUUUUAGAAUCGCUAAAUGACCCAAGGAUUAUGAUUGCAAUCCAAAAUGCUUCGUUCAACUGGGGUGAUGCAAAUGGGUUGGACUCUAAUGUGUCAUCCAAACCUAAUCGCGAGAUUCUGUCGGAUAUAACACUCCGUGUUCGUAAAGGGGAGUUGGUUGGAGUUUGUGGUCCAGUCGGAUCAGGAAAGUCGUCCCUAAUCAAUGCCAUUCUUGGAGAGAUGAAUUGCACUGGUGGAAAGGUUGGACUACGAUCUCGUAAAAUUGGCUAUGCAACUCAGACACCAUGGAUCGUAACAGGAACCAUCAAGGAUAAUAUUCUGUUUGGUCAGCCAUAUAACGCCGUUCAUUUUGCCAAAGUCCUGCAAGCAUCAGCAUUAGCACGCGAUCUUGAUCGACUUCCUGAUCGCGAACAAACGGUGAUUGGCGAGCGAGGUGUCACGCUUAGUGGUGGACAACGAGCUCGACUCUCACUUGCAAGGACAUUGUACUAUGAUGCAGAUAUAUAUAUUUUGGAUGAUCCAUUAUCAGCCGUAGACACUGCAGUUGGACGCCAUUUGUUUGAUGAAGCACUGCGUGGACUUAUGAAGGACAAGGCAGUGCUACUAGUGACGCACCAGCUUCAACAUAUUCAAGUAUGCGACACUGUUGUAUUGCUGGAAGACGGUAAAGUGGUACGUACUGGAUCAUAUAACGAUGUCGUGGCUACCAAUACCAAUUUUGCAAUGACGAUGCGUGAACAUGCGGCAUCUGAUAAUUUUAGCGAAGCUCCUGAUGAUGUUGAAGACACAUCUAGUUUAAUUCAGGAUGCCUCUCAAAAUGAAUCAAUCCGACUUCGAAAAAACAAGGCUCUUCAUGAUGCCCUGCUUGAAGAUUCACCUGUUACUCAGGAGCUUGCCAAGGAGGAAGUGGCAAAGGGAACUGUUUCUAGUGAGGUUUAUUUCAAGUAUUUUAAAUCUGGAUCCAACAUGUUUACUAUGGUUUUAAUGAUUAUUGCUAUGGUUCUUGGUCAAGUUACGAUUCAAUUGGCUGAUUGGUGGCUUUCCAACUGGUCUUCACAUUCGGAAACAGAGCAGAGAGAGCAGGUGUUUCCAAUUAUUUUUGCUUUUUUGGCUGUAUUUUCUCUUUUCAUAGCACUUGGUAGAGCCGUGUGGUUUUUCCUUAUCUGCCUUAAAGCUGGAAAGGUUUCUUUUACAGAUAUGCUUCACGCAGUUUUCCGUAGUCCAAUGCAGUUUUUCCAAUCGAAUCCUCAUGGCCGUUUGAUGAAUCGAUUUUCCAAGGAUAUUGCAUUGAUGGAUGAAAUGCUUCCAUGGACCUUUUUUGAUUUUCUGCAGUGUUUUUUCUCCAUUAUUGGAGCUCUUGUACUUUCAAUCAUCAUUAUUCCAUACACUCUUAUUUUGAUGCCAUUUCUUGCCGUCAUUUUUAUUUUUCUUCGCAAGUAUUUUUUGGCUACUUCGCGCCAAAUUAAGCGCAUCGAGGCGCUUACACGAUCUCCCGUGUAUUCCAAUAUCCCUUCUACAUUAGAAGGUCUUUCAACAAUCCGUGCAUUUGGUGCUCAAACUCGCACACAAAAUCAGUUUUUUGCUAUUCAAAACGAAAACACUCGCAUAUUUUUUGCUUUUCUCUCAUCAAGUCGUUGGCUAGGAUUUCGCUUGGAUAUGCUGGCAUUAGUCUUUCUAACUAUUGUUGCAUUUGCUGCUGUGCUUUUACGAGGACCACUUGGAUUGCGAUCGGGUCUUGUGGGUCUCAUGUUAACUAAUAUUCUCCAGCUAACUGGUUUGCUACAAUGGGCUGUACGUCAAUCAGCAGAAGUUGAGAAUUUGAUGGUUUCUCCUGAGCGAGUGUUUGAAUAUGCUGCGUUACCACCUGAAGCUCCAGAAAAAACCAGUGUUGUUCCAAGUGAACACUGGCCCGAGCAUGGAGAUAUCAAGAUCAGUAAUAUGAGUAUGACAUACCCAGCCAUGGAUGCUUCGAAUGAACCACCUACUCGUGUGCUUAGUGAUAUUAGCAUUCAUUUUGAACCAGGUGUCAAGGUUGGAAUUGUUGGCCGUACCGGUGCAGGCAAGUCAUCUUUUUUGCAAGCCCUGUUUCGCAUUGUUGAACCUUCUCCAGCAGGAGCAAUCGUGAUUGACGGUAUCAAAACGUCCGAGUUGGGACUUAUGGAUCUACGCUCUCGAAUUUCAAUUAUUCCACAAGAACCGUUUUGUUUCAAAGGCACAUUGCGAUUCAAUCUAGAUCCGUUUGGUCGAUAUACGGAUGACCAUUUGUGGAGUGUACUAGACGCAGUUGAACUCAAACCUGUGGUGGUAUCGAUUGGUGAAAAGCUUGAUGCACCAGUGUCUGAAAAUGGUAGUAACUGGUCUGUAGGUGAACGCCAGCUUAUUUGUCUUGCUCGAGCUAUUUUACGUGACACUAGACUUAUCGUCAUGGAUGAAGCCACAUCGGCGGUGGAUAUGCGUACUGAUCAACUCAUCCAGCGCACCAUUCGAUCUGAGGGAGGACUGUUUUCUAAUGCCACUGUACUGACGAUUGCACAUCGGUUGAAUACUGUGAUUGAUUAUGACAAAAUUUUAGUGUUGGAUGAGGGAAAAGUAGUCGAGUAUGGUACACCAUAUGCAUUACUGGACAAG